UAAAAGUGUAACAGGGAAAUGAUAGCGACGGGGACGGGCGUUACUGUUUUUAAGACACGAUCUUAUGUUGCGUUAAGUAUCAGGUAUAUAUGUGAAAUGUGUGUCCUACUGAACACCAGAGUAUAUGGUUUGAAGACAGCUAUUGACAACUGAUGCAACUGGGUCCCUUAGGAAUAUCAAAGUUGGCCACUGAGGGUAGAAGAUUGGAACAUAUCCAGAUGGAAUAAAUAAGAAAAUACAGGUAAAAUAAAUUCUUCAUGUUCUUAAAUUAUUUCAGAUUGGCAUUUCUCUGUGAACAAUAUAAUAGAAGAUAUAUUAUACAUGAAUUAUGAAAGGCCGCUACAUUUUCCUUUUGUGAUAAUAUUGGCAAUUUCUAUUUCUUAACCACAAUUAAAACAUGUGUUUUUAUUUUACUACUCCUUAUUAACAACAUACUCACGUCUUACUUUCUGAUACUUUCUUGUAGUACAAUAUUCAUGUAUUUCUUUCUUCAGAUCUGAGAUCAGUUGCAUAUUUAACUUAUCAUAUAAACUAGAUCUUUCAGCACCUUUCAGUACUGUUGACCAUAGUAUUCUUCUAGAUGGAAGGUUGUUAACCAUGGUGUCCCGGGGUUUUGCGCGUUUCUCAGUGGGCAGGUUUCAGAAGGUGGUGGUUGUGGGUGGAGGGAAAUCAGACCCCUGACCACUUCAUGAUGAAAUGCAUCAGGGUUGAGACCACUUUCCUAUCCUGUUUAGCAUCUACAGAAAAUUUCUGGGAGAAGUCAUUUGCCAGUUUGGGGUGAAAUCUCAUCGUGAUGGCACAGUGGUUAGAAUGUAGUAAAAGGUAAAGGUAAAGAUUCCCCUCGCACGUAUGUGCUACUUGUUUCCAACUGUAGGAGGUGGUGCUCAUCUCUGUUUCAAAGCUGAAGAGCCAGCGCUGUCCAAAGACGUCUCUGGUCAUGUGGCUGGCAUGACUAAACAGAAAGGUGCAUGGAACACUGUUACCUUCCCCACCAAAGGUGGCCCCUAUUUUUCUACUUGCAUUUUUUAUGUAUUUUCGAACUGCUAGGUUGGCAGAAGCUGAGAGCUCACCCUGUUAUGCGGCACUAGGGAUUCGAACUGCUGAACUGCCAACCUUUCAAUUGACAAGCUCAGCACCUUAGCCACUGAGCCACCGUGUCCUGUUAGAAUACAGUAUUACAGGCUAACUCUGCUUACUGCCAGAAUCUGUUUUUAACUUAUUUAUAUAUUAUCAUUACUAAGGAUUAAGUAGUGAGCUACUCAAAUAUUGGGAGAAUACUAAAUUUCUCUGGGUGACAAAAAUCAACGGUAAUUGUGAAGGUCAUCAGAAUAAUCUUUUAAACUGGGUAAAUUACAAUUAAUGUCAAAUAUUGUGCAAUUUAAUUAAGAAGCACACCACCAUUUUUUCCAUAUACAUUGAUUGAGUCUGAGCUGUCUGUGAGAAAAAGAUCUUGCAAUCAUGGUUUCUACCUCUUUGAAGACAUCAGUUCAAUCAAUGGCAGCUGAAAAAUGGCAAAUUACAUGUUAGGGAUUGAAAAUAGGACAUAAGAAAUUGUAAUCCCGUUUAUGCAACUCUGUAGUAUAUCUGCAAAUGUACUAUAUACAAUUCUGAUAGCCACAUUUGAAAAAAGUAUAGAAGAAAGUCACUCAAAUUAUUGGGGGUGUGUGUGUGAAAGGGCAUUGAACCCUCUCAUAAAAAAAAAGCUAGAACAUUUGGGACUGUUUUGCUUGAAGAAAAGUCUUCUGAGGACAGAAGGCAUGACUGAGGGGUAUAAUAUUACUUGUGGCAGGGAGGAAGCUUUUCUCCCUAAGAACGUUGUGCCCAAUGAAGCUGUCUGGAAGAAGUUUUAUAAUAGGUAGCAGUAAGCAUUUCUUUACACAGAAUAUAUUAACCUGUGAAAUUCAUUACCAAAAAUGUGAUAAUUGCAAAUAAUUUGAAUUGUUUAAAAGGGAAUAGGAUAAAUUUACGGAAGACAAUAGCAAGAGCACUUAGACUUACAUACCAUCCCAUAGUGCUUCACAGCACUCUCUGGGAAGUUUCAAUGUCAGCACCUUGUCCUCAAUAAUCUGGGUCCUCAUUUUACCUACCUUGGAAGAAUGGAAAUGUAGGUCAAUUUUGAGCCCUGUCAGGGUCAAACUCCAGGCUGUGGGCAGAGUUUGCCUGCAAUACUACAUUGUAACCACUGUGUCAUCAAGGCUCUUUGACAUGUCUGUCAAGAAUUAGUCUUGUUGGCAAUCUUAUCCCUGCAAAUACCAGAUUCAAAGAAACAAAGACAAGAGAGAUGGAAUAUUUCCUACAUGCAAGGUCCUCAAAGCAUUCAGUUGGUCACUCUGGAGAAAAAAGAUGGGUUUGGCCUGAUCGAAGAGGCUUAUUCAUAUUUUUUAGCCAUUCAAAUAAAAUAUAUUGUAGUAGCUACAAGUAUGGAAAUAUAUCAGAAAUAUUUUGAGUAUGGCCUAGUCAUCAUAAAAUAUAUAUUAUAUUUGGUUUCAUAAAAUUAAGCAAUUGAUUUUCUUCCAUUAAAUAUUGUUUUAAUUUGAAUUUCAGUGUGACAUAUCCUUUUAUGGAAAUGCAGUCCAUUUUGUGUGGAGCAAGGUCUGAGGAGAAGCUAGUCAAGGCCAGCCGCGAUAUGUAUGACUGUGUCUACAUUUUUGUUUCUUCUACCAACACUGCAUUCCGAAUGCUCAACCAAUUUCUUGGAAGUAAAUUACCCAUAAUUACAGUACAGGAAAACCUUAGCAUCAAGGACAAUCUUCAGUUUCUACAGAGUGCUCUGAAAGAGAUGCAGAUGCUAAUAGAGUUGAAAGACAAAGAUUUUCAGGAAAAAAUUGGAGUUCCUUUGUAUUCCCAACUUAUUCUGCCAAGCCUUUCCACUGAUGAAAAAAUCAGGCUUAUAAAAGAUAUAUAUUCUCAAUAUAAUGGCAUUUUUGAAAAUAUCUGUGGUCCCAUUUGUGCUGUUAUAAUUAAGAAUGGUAAUCUGCCUGAAAUGCUUGAGAUUGCUAUUCGGAAUGUAAUGAGUACGCCUGUGCUGUCUCUUCAAGUGAGUGAACUUCUCAUGACCAAAGAAGAAAUUGCUAAAGCACUUCCAGACUCCAGUCCCUGUUCAUCUCAAACUUCACCACCAGUCAAAAAGAAAACCCACAGUUUUUCUGUUGUGCCCGGUUCUUUUUCACUUACUAAAUUCAUGCGGAUAAUUCAUUGUAAACAAACAUCUAAAGAUUCAGUUCAGUUGGCUGCAGAAAUCAUGGCAGAAGCUGUUCAGACUUUGAAACCAUCUUGUGAACAUUUCCAAAGAUCUAUUAAGAUGGCUGAAGAGUAUGUCACAUUGAUCAUUGACAAAAGGCAAUAAACCAGAAGAAAAUUACUCAGCUUUUAGAAAUUUACUUCAGUUUACAAAUAAAAAGUAAAAAGUUGCAAAUAAAAAAAGAGAAAAGUUCUGAUUGCAGUAUUUGUAUUCCCAUCUGCAGUUCAAACAUGUUAAUAUUUUUUAUAUAAUAUCAGUGUCAGCAAAGGCAUAUGUAUAUGGUUUGGUUCCUAUUCAAAAUUCCCCUUAAUAACUUUGAAGAGUUUUUUUAUCAGUUCCUUUUAAAUGGCCUUAUCCUCCUUUAUUAAUUCUUCCCCGUGCUGCUACUUCCCUUCUACUGCUUAAUUAUUUUUACUGUAUAUUUGUGGUCUUCAUUUCUUCAUCACAUUUCCAUGACUCUGGAACACCUCGAGCCAUUUCAACCAAACUUGGUACACAGAUGACUUACUCUCUGGAAAAAAAUACUGUGGUGGGAUUGAAAAAUUUAACAACCGGUUCGCUGCCCAGUUGCUGGGUGGGCAUGGCCUACUCGGCCUCCUGCACACGGUGGGAGGGGGGUGUUUUUGCCCUCCUGAAGCUCCAGAGGUUUUCCUUGAACUUCCAGGAGGGUGAAAAUGGUUUCCCCCAGGCUCUGGAGGCCGGAAACAGGCCCGUUUCUGGACUUCCGGUAGGCCCAUCUUUCACCCUCCCAGAGCCUCCAUGCAGGCCCUGCACUUACCUCACAACCAAAAUGGACCACAUGGAGACUCCGGGGAGGGGAGGGGAGGGGAGGGGUAAGUGGGAUCAGCCAGUCCUUGGAACAAACAAUUCGGCGAACCAGAUUAAAAUUAAAAGCCAGUUCACCCAAACCAGUCCGAAGCGGCUGAAUCCCACCUCUGGUAAGACACCCCUAACACCCCUCAGGGUGUGUGUUCUGUUAAAAUACAGCCUGUUAUGCCUUAAAAUGGCUUCUACUGUACUGCCUUAAAAUAGCUUCUACUGUAUACCACAGUGGAGUUGCCAUGGUAGCAGCUUCACAGUAUUCCACAAGGGGGCUCCCUCUGGUAAGGGGGAAAAUCCAAUAUUAGAAAUUACACUUAGUGCAGACAUUUUCAACAAGGCUUUGAUUAUUCUUGAGGACAAAUGUAUGGCUAUGAUCAAUAAAACAUUACUGCAACUCGACCUACAUGCACCACUACAAGACCAACUGUCAGCUUUGGAAGCCAUAUUAGGCCAGAAGCUUCCGUGCUGCCACUUUCUCAUCUGUGGGAAAGUAGGAGAAGGGAUUUAGUAGAGGGGUUGUCUUUAGACAUAAUAGCAUUCUUCCUGUCAGUCAAGGUCAGGGCGAUCCUGCAGCUGGAGAAGGAGUGGUUGGAGUGCUAUCUCGAAAUGGGACGGUUGGCGAUUGGAGCAUGUGAUCGACUGCAGAGUCAGGGUGGUUUUUGGGGUUUUGAUUUACUGAGGGAAAACCCGGACCUCUCAGACUCGGGUUUUCCCAGAUGUGCCAGUUUACCUAUCCUAGUAAAUAAAACUUUGAAAGAUGAUAUUGCUUUGGAGUUUUUACUUGGAGUUGGGGGGGUUUCUGGAACACUGACACCGACACGAUGUACUUCACACAGACUACAUACGAGAAAAGAACUACAACAUUGAAAAGCUUAGUGCAAAUAGCGCGGACAAGAAGCCACUUCUAAAUGAAGAUCAGAAAAAAGCAUACCAAAUGAUCAUGGAUCAGCUAGCAAAACAACAAGGUGGUAUCAUUUUAUCUGAGGCCUCUGGGGGCACAGGGAAAAUAUUUUAAACUAAUUUAAUUCUCGCCGAAAUCAGGGUUCAGGGAGAAGUUGCUCUUGCCAUUGCCUCUUCAUGAGGUCAAGACAUGUAAAUUAAUCAUAUGGGAGGAAUGCACCAUGACUCACAAGAAAGCUCUCAAGGCCCUUAACAUCACUAGGGCCUCUGGUGGCUCAGACGGCUAAGACAGUCUGUUAUUAACAGCAGCUGCUUGCAAUUACUGCAGGUUUAAGUCCCACCAGGCCCAAGGUUGACUCAGCCUUCCAUCCUUUAUAAGGUAGGUAAAAUGAGGACCCAGAUUGUUGGGGGCAAUAAGUUGACUUUGUAUAUAAUAUACAAAUGGAUUAAGACUAUUGCUUAACAUAGUGUAAGCCGCCCUGAGUCUUCGGAGAAGGGCGGGAUAUAAAUGCAAAUUAAAAAAAAAAACUAUGAGAAGACAACUUUAUGUUGCUUGCUCAAGGGUGGGUUCACCCAUGAAUUUAUUUAUUCUUGCUCCUGGAAGUGAAACUAAAAAUGUUGUUUAUAAUAAAUUUUGUGUUAAUUUAAUAUUAUAGUGAAUUUAUGAAACAUUUUACUUUAUAAUUUGUAUACUGUACUUAUACUUUUAAAAGCUUGUAAAUAAAAUUACUUUGAUUUGACUCUAUACGUAUGAUUCAUUCCUUUUCCUGUCUAAUACAGGAUUUGGAGAAAUAAAUAAAGCUGAUAACACCAGGUUAUCAGUAGUUAUAAAUAAUAAUUUGACAAAGGAAGUCCACUUAGCCUCUCCUUCCUUCUCACUCCAUGUUUUUUUUCCAAAGUACACAUACUCAGCACCUUGAUUCCAUAGCAUUUGUUUUUGCCUGGGAAUUCCCAUCGUUCCCAUAUAUUUGAAUUGUCCGGCAAAUAAUACCCUCUCCAGUUUUAUCCAGAAUAGAAGUAAAUACCAUAGCAACAAGACACAGAAUGAAUCUGAUUUUACUCUUCAAAGCAAGUUCAAGUAAGUGACUCAAGAAGAUAGGCUGAAUCCUUUUUGUUCAUCUCUCCUUGGUAAACCCCAAUUUUGUUAUGUACCGUAUGUGUAUAUGUGCAAAAUCAGGAUGGCCCCUAGCUGACUCACAAAAAUUGAACAUGGGCAUUCAGUUCCUUGCAUCUGAUUUCUUAGGACAAACCUAGACAAAUGACAUAUUUAUAUAUUUGUAUCUUUCUCAUUUUUGUGUUUAUACCAUAGACCAUCAAAUAUUUAAGCAUAGGAUAGGAACAUAGCUGUAGAAGUUUUUGAAUGGAAGAGAUUGUA